AACAGACGGCACGUCGCGACGUCGGCCCAGUUUAUAAUGUCGUCAAAUAACGAUGCCUACAAUUCAGAUGAGCUGGAAGCGCCCGCCUGGCUGAACAAGCAAUUCUUGCAGGAGGUGCUAGUGUCGCAUUUCAAGGAGCCGAGUCUGACACUGAGUGCUCUAAAGAUAUCGCCUGCCAGUGCCAAGGGCGAUCACUAUGCGAGUGUUAUGUUUCGAGCCAACGUUGAGUAUUCGUCUCAAAAGAGAAACUAUUCGAAGUCGCUUAUCAUUAAGACAAUGCCGGAAAUGGAUGGGCAAAAAAAAGAGUUCGUUAGCGACUCCAAAAUAUUCCAAACAGAGAUUGAAAUGUAUACGGAAGUUCUGCCCAGGUUCGAGGCGAUACUUCGCGCAGCAGGUGAAGAGAUCAAGUUUUGUGCGGUCUGCGUCUAUUACAGCUUGCAGCCACGACAGGUCAUGAUCUUCGAGGAUCUCUUGCCUCAGGGCUACCAAGUGAUUCGCAAUCGAAAUGCCACACUCGACGAGCUGCGCUCCGUGCUGUCAAAACUGGCCAAGUGGCAUGCGGUAAGCUUCAAGUUGUUGCGGGAGCAGCCGGAAAUAUUUGAUAAGUUACAAUAUGAUGUCACAACCAUGCCCAACUUUUUGGAAAUGGACGUCAUGACCAGCGCCCUACCCAACUUUAUAAACAUGCUCAGCCAGAUGGAUAGCUUAAAGACGUAUCGCAAAUACUUUGAGCCAAUGCGGGAAAAUAUUAUUAAGCGCUGGCAAGGCGUCAUACGAGAAUAUCGCGAGAACCGGCAAGCGAAUGCCUAUUAUGUUCUAUGUCAUGGAGACUUUCACAUUCGUAAUAUGAUGUUCAAGGACAACGACUGCAUGCUGAUAGACUUCCAGAUGUCCUACGUCGGCUCCAUUGCCAACGAUCUGCAGUACGCCAAAUACAUGCUGUUCAGCGCGGACGAACGAAAGGACAAAUGUGAUGAGCUUCUUUACUAUUACUUUGAUACCUUAACGAAGACAUUGUCUAAGAUUGGCUACCAAGGAGAGACGCCUAGCUUGAUAGAGCUACGCAAGCAGAUUUUUGACAGGAGAUGCAGUGAUUACUUUCUGCUCACUACAUUGUUGCCCGUUUCGUACGGCAUGCGUCAGGGCAAGGAUCCCGGUGAGUUCAUAGAGGACGAACAGCGUCGGUUGGAAUUGUUCCAGGACAAGGGAUACCAACAAGAGCUGGAGUAUCUGCUGCCCCAAAUGCUGCAUGCGGGUUACUUUGAGCUACCCAAAUAACAAACCAAUUUUAAUCAAAAGCAAUCAUGUAUGUGCCUUAUCUAUUAUGACGGCAUUACUUCAACAAGUUCAAUAUUUGAUUAAAAAUGU